AGUGCACAAUACAACACACGAUUGGCUGUCAAUGCAUUGCAAUGGAUAUCAAGUGAUAAACACAUGUUUUCAAUGAUUUUAUUUUAAUAACAUAUCAAGUGAUCAAAUGUCAUGAAUUCAAACAAUUUGUUUAAGAAGUUGGUGUCAGGCGUUAGGUUUGACCGCAAAAARUUUGCCAAAGACUUCAACAAAUUUUCGUUGAACCACCAAAACGAUGGCAACAAUAAUAUUGAUUAUAUUGACGAAGAAUAUACAGAAGAUAAACAAGAAGAAGAAGAGGUUAACAUAAUUAGCGAUUCGUCAAAGAAAAAACCAAAGAAGGAGAAGACUCGGAAACAAUUGAUUGAAUUAAACAUCGAAAGAGUUAAUCAUUUGCGAAAAGUGAAUAAAAUCCGUGUCUUUGGUAGUGAUGUCAACGAUCCGAUCGAGUCGUUUGCUGAUCUGAAUGUCGACAAAAACAUAAUAAAUAAUAUCCAUUCAUCUGAUUUCGUUAAUCUGACACCGAUUCAGAAGCAAACAAUACCAUUAAUGUUAGAUAAACGUGAAGUCCUGUGUUGCGCACCGACCGGUUCGGGAAAGACAUUGGCGUUUCUCAUACCAAUUAUUCAUCACUUGGGUUCACCACAAAGGAAAGGAUUUAGAGCUGUUAUAUUAGCGCCGACUCGCGAGUUGGCCAAACAAAUACAUCGAGAAUGUCUUUGGAUGUCUCAGGGAACUGGUCUUAGAGUUCAUAUUAUCAAAAAUGUUAAUUUGGCGAAAAAGAAGUUUGGAACUGACUCUAAGCUCAUGUAUGAUAUUUUGGUGACGACACCCAACAGAUUGGUUUGGCUUCUUAAACAAGAACCGAUUGGUAUUAAUAUACAAAAUGUUGAAUGGCUUGUUGUCGACGAAUGUGACAAACUAUUUGAAUCGGGUUUUCGAGAUCAGCUGUCAGUAAUAUUUCAAAGUUGUGGUCAGUCAUCUAAGAUAACUCACGCCAUGUUUAGCGCCACACACGACCAGGAGUUGCAGAAGUGGGCCGAACUAAAUCUGGACAAUUUGGUAUCCGUUGUAGUCGGCGGACGUAACAAUGCAUCGCAAGAAGUGGACCAGAAGUUGACUUUUGUUGGCAAUGAAUCGGGAAAAAUAUUUGCCUUAAGAGACAUCAUAGCUCAGGGAUGUGAGGCACCGGUAUUGAUAUUUGUAGAGAAAAUACAUAGAGCUAAGAGAUUACACAAACAACUGAUAUAUGAAAAUAUUAAUAUCGAUGUAAUUCACUCGGAAAGAGCUCAACACCACAGGGAUCGUAUAGUACGGGAGUUCAGAGAGGGAAAGAUAUGGUUUCUCAUAUGCACUGAACUUAUGGGUCGAGGCAUUGAUUUUAAAGGCGUUAAUUUGGUUAUUAAUUAUGAUUUCCCCAGAACUGCAGUUUCUUAUAUACACAGAAUCGGACGCACUGGUAGGGCUGGUAGAAAGGGGAUAGCCAUUACAUUUUUUACCGAAAAAGAUGCGGACAACUUGCGGUCGAUUGCAAAUGUGAUGCGUCGGUCAGGUUGUGAGGUUCCGAAGUUUAUGCUCGAACUUAACAAUAGGAAAACCAGGUUAUUUAGAAAACGUAAAUUUAAUCAAAUUAAUAGAAAUAGAAAUAAAGGAAAGAAAUUAAAAAAUAAUUCCAAUGAUGAGGAAGAAGAUAGUGGUGAAAGGGAUCAGCAAUAUGACGAUGAAAGUGAUUGAUUUGAUUUAUUUAUAUCUCAAACUAAAUUAUAUCAUUUAUAUUAAAGUUUUAUUUUAACUUUGAUUGUAAUAAU